AGGCGAAGGUAGAGCUUGUGUGCAUAACAUCAGUCGUGCUGGAUGCACGGAGGUAAACUGGAUCGAAUGAUCUUCAGUGGAACUUCCAGAACGAGAUAUUGAAACUUAAAUGUUGACCUUCGCCCCACCAGGUUUGUCCAAUUAAAAAGUCUCAACUUUAAUGCUGACAUCUGGACUGUCCUUGUAUAGAUGAGGAUGGCGUAAAGUGGGAGAGGUACGUGAAUCCGUUGCAAUCGUGGGCUAUAUUAAGUUCCGCAUCUCCCUCUCUCUUCGGUGGAGGAAGUUCAGACACUUCCCAAUUUCCUGGUUCUUCAUCCUUGCUCUCAAUCAACAAUGGGCUUGUUUUCCUCAUCAGAACCUCCCUUGACUGAGGCAAAUCUUAGUGACCAAAGUGGCAAGACUUUCCUUGUCACUGGUGCUACCUCAGGAUACGGCCUGCACUUAGCAUCCAUUCUCUAUCAACAUGGGGGUAAAGUAUAUCUUGCUGCCCGCAACGCCUCCAGAGGGGAAAACGUAAUCAACGAUAUCAUGAAGCGUUUUCCCGACUCUAAAGGGCAAAUGGUCUUUUUACAGCUCGACCUCAGCGAUUUAUCAACAAUCAAAAAGUCAGCCGAAGAAUUCUUGACGAAGGAAUCCAAGCUCCACGUUCUCUGGAAUAAUGCCGGCGUGAUGAUCCCUCCACAGGGAUCCACAACCGCUCAGGGUUAUGAGCUGCAGCUCGGCACGAAUGUGAUCGGGCCAUUUCUUUUUACGAAGCUGCUCUAUCCAGCUCUUGUCAGGGCUGCAGCUGACUCUCCUCGGAACUCAGUGCGCGUUGUAUGGUUAUCCUCUUCGGCGGUCAGGAUGGCCCCGACCCCGGCGAUUGACUUUUCGAAUAUAGACUACCGCCAGGACGAGGGAGCUUGGACAAAAUAUGCAAGAAGCAAAGCAGCCAAUAUCCUACUAGCCGUGGAGUUUGCGCGGCGCUCCGAAAAGGACGGUGUCGGCAGUAUUACUCUUGAUCCGGGCACUGCAAUGACUGACCUACAGAGGACAAUGCCCUGUUGGCAGGUCGCUGCUGUCAAGCUAAUCGCCCAACCACCGGAAGUGGGUGCUUAUACCGAGCUUUAUGCCGGUCUUCAGCCUGAGAUCGAGUCUGUUAAGUAUGGAAAAUGGAUUGUCCCCCCGGGAAAGGUGGUAGCAGGUCGCAAGGACCUUUUUGAGGUGGGAUUAUGUGAGAAAUUCUGGCAGUGGAAUGAGGAGCAGAUCCGUUCGUACUUGUGAUGGGGUGACUUUUCUGUAGUGUUUACUUUUGCUGGCCCUAUAAUUUAUCUUAAUGAACGCCUUGGUAGGGGAGAUAGUAAACCUUGUUACUAAGGCAUCCAUGCUUAACGCCG